GACUGAAGCCCGAGCAGCACGCACCGAAGCGGGCAGUAAAAGUUGGCCCUGUCCGUGUCUCCGGUGGUCCCAGGAACCGGCCGCUCGCCGCUGGACUCUUCUCACAGGCUAGCAGUUCCCCCAGUCAGACAUGAGGAGCCCCCCAGGCCUGGGCCGCUGAGCAGUUGAGGUCAGAGAUCAAGCGCUUGUUCCGGCAGUCAUGGCUGACAGAGAGGGGCUGCCUAUUCCCCCAGGCCAGGUCUACAUCGAGGUGGAGUAUGACUACGAGUACAAGGCCAAAGACAAGAUGGUGGCUAUCCAUCAGGGGGAGUGCUACGUGCUGGUGAAGAAGACCAAUGAGGACUGGUGGCAGGUGAGGAAAGAGGAAGCCUCAAAGACCUUUUAUGUGCCAGCGCAGUACGUCAGGGAGGUGCGUCGGGCGCUCAUGCCCCCCCCGAAGCCCAGCGUGAGGGCCAAGCCCACCGUUUUGGACAUUUGCCGGGCGUCCAAUGAAAAUCUCAACAGACCCCAACCGGAAAUGUCCAGCUUUGGACGUCCGCCACCUUCAUCUACCCCGUCGCCAUCUUCUGACCGGGUCACGCCACCAGGUCUACCCAAGGAUGCUAACCAGAACCUGGGGAGUCCCCUUCAUUGCAAGGUGGUGGCUGAACUAGUACUUCUUCACAACAACAAUAACCAUCACCACGGCAACAAUGCCACGUUGCCACGGACACGGGCUGACUCGCCUCCACUCAAAGUGGGGAACAACCACAACAGAAGUCCAGACAUUGUGAAGACCUCUCCGCCCAGCGACCUGCCGGGGGAGGGGCUGAGCAAGUUCCGCAACGACUCCGAGUCUGGGGACGAGCUGAGCAGCAGCUCAACAGAACACAUGCAGACAACAUCACCUACAGGUCCGGGCCGGUCCGACUCUCCUGUCUACACCAACCUCCAGGAGCUGAAGAUCUCGCAGUCCAGCCUGCCGCCCAUCCCCUCCGGCUCACCCCUUCACAUCCUGGGCGACUGGGAGACCCACAAGGACCUGAGCGGCAGGCAUUUCUACUACAACCGAGCCAGCGGGGAGAGGACCUGGAAGCCCCCCCGCACCAGGGACACCAGCGGCAGCAGCAGCAGUAUGCGAGGGGACAGCCAGGGCACGGUGGAGAGUGAGCUGCUGUCCUCAGAGGAAAACUGUCACAGCACCCACUCCAGUCAAUCCGACAGCCAGUACGGGUCGCCCCCUAGAGGCUGGUCUGAGGAGCUGGACGAACAUGGACACACACUCUACGUGUCUGAAUUCACACAGGAGAAGUGGAUAAAGCAUGUGGAUGAACAAGGCCGACCUUACUACUACAGUGCUGACGGAUCCAGGUCAGAGUGGGAGCUGCCCAAGUACAACGUCUCCCCUCAGUCCGGCGAGGUUCCCAAGAGUCGCAGUCUGGAGAGGAAGCAGCAGGAGCCCAUCGUCCUCACCAAGUGGAGACACAGCACCUAUGUGUUAGACCUCAACGACAAGCUCUCAUUCAAAUUCCGGCAUUUCUCUUCUGAGAGGAGGAGAUUCCGUCUCUCUCUUUACAGAGAUAAAGAGUGUGCUCCGGUGCCCAAGCAGAGUUCUCCAGAUUCUGACUCCUGCCCCUCAUCUCCUAAACACCCCUCAACCCCCUCAGAGAAGUGUGGCGUCCUCAAUGUCACCAAAAUCACAGAAAAUGGAAAGAAAGUCAGGAAGAACUGGACGUCGUCAUGGACGGUGCUGCAGGGUCACUCUCUGCUCUUUGCCAAGGGUCAGGGGGGCAGUACGAGCUGGAAGUUUGGCAGCAACCAAUCCAAGCCCGAGUUUACCGUCGAUCUGCGAGGAGGCUCUGUGGACUGGGCGUCCAAGGACAAGUCCAGCAAGAAGCACGUCAUUGAGCUGAAGACCCGUCAUGGGACAGAGCUGCUGAUCCAGUCCGAGAUCGACAGCGUGAUCAAUGACUGGUUCCGGGCCCUGACAGAGACCAUCAACACACAUGCCUGGGAGUCAGAUGAGGCCAUUGAGGAGGACAUGCCUGAGUCUCCUGGAACUGAGAAACAGGACAAGGAGAAAGACCACCGGGACUCGAAGAAGAACAGAGUGAUGAAGACCUCUGUGAGCAUGGACUCAUCAGACCAGAAGAAAACCAGGUUGAAGCUCAAGAAGUUCCUCACACGUCGACCCACGUAUCAGGCCGUCAGAGACAAAGGAUACAUCAAAGAUCAGGUGUUUGGCUGCAGUCUGUCCAGCCUGUGCCAGCGGGAGAACACAUCAGUGCCCAACUUUGUUAGAAUGUGCAUCGACCAUGUGGAGAACACAGGUCUCGAUGUUGACGGCUUGUACCGAGUCAGUGGGAACCUGGCAGUGAUACAGAAGCUUCGCUUUGCUGUGAAUCACGAUGAGACGGUGGAGCUGGACGACAGCAAGUGGGAAGACAUCCACGUCACCACCGGAGCUCUCAAGAUGUUCUUCAGGGAGCUUCCUGAGCCGCUCUUCACAUACGGAUCCUUCGAGGACUUUGUUGAGGCCAUCAAAUGUUCCGACUACAAACAGAGGGUGAAUUCAAUCAAAGAAUUGAUCAAGAACUUGCCAAAACCAAACCACGACACAAUGCAAAACCUCUUUGAGCACCUGCGCAGGGUGAUUGACCACGGAGAGGCCAACCGCAUGACCACCCCCAGCGUGGCCAUCGUGUUCGGCCCCACGCUGCUGCGGCCCGAGACAGAGACGGGCAACAUCGCGGUCCACAUGGUCUACCAGAACCAGAUCGUGGAGCUCAUCCUGCUGGAGUACGAGAGCAUCUUUGGGAGGUAGAGGCGCCCCCCCCCGCUCAGGAGAGGAGGCCGGGCUGCCUCUUCAAACAGUGACUUCUUUUCCUUUAUUCCCUCUUUUCUGUGGCUGAACUGAACAACGAUGUGGACCAAGCAAGUCGGGAGAAAAUGAUCAAAUUUACACUCACUGACGGGACAAUUUACAAAGGUGUUGCACUUACAGGAGUUCUGGACAUGAAUAUAAAGAAAAAAAAUAACGGGGAACAGAUCUCACCCGAUCCUUGCAGCCGCUGCGAGCAGCGACGUGCCGACGUGUGGAACGUCCGUGUGAUUUGGUGGAUUUGAGUAUUCAGGUGUUUUUUGGCGUACACUGGAUCCCUGAGGCCAGUAAUUCAGAACUUCAAACCGGGGCCGGUGGGGCUCCUUCAACCGGACUGAAGCGGGUCACUGCGGCGGCGACCUGCUGACCUCCUCACGCCCGAGGAGAUGGAUCUGAGCCGGACGCCUCUCGUGUGUCGUGGAGCUUUUUGUCUGUGACGUGUGAAACCCACCCUGAUUUCGGAUCAGGUGGGGAAUAAAUAAAUCAGUGUUAUGUAAACGGACUGUGUUUUGGCACUUGGAUGAACUGGAGUUACACAUCGUGUCCCCCACAACCUUUAGUGACACCAUCGACCCCUCCUCCCUCACCUCUACUUCCCCUUUCCAACCAGUGUUAACCAUUGACCCUGUGACACGAGCGUCCCAUGACUUGAAUGACGGAGAACAGAGCCUCCAUGUUUUUGUCUGUGUAUGUGUGUGUGUGAGUGAAUUAACCUAAAUGGAAUAAAACCUGAGCAGAAGCAUCCUCGUCUUUGCCACUUUGUACAAACUGUGUGUGUCGUGUAGUCUUAACGUGCUUUUGGUCAAGUUUCCGUUGAACUGCCCGGGGGUCGUCGUGUGUGCUCUGUUAAUGAAACCUCAGUGUUGGCGUCCUGUGGUGUGUUGGGAAACAACUGAAACCAUUGUGUUACUGGGAAACGACGACGACCGCGUUCACCAUUUCACAUGAACUGUGUCCGUACUCGUAGCGACCCCUCUCCUCACCGUUGCUAAUAUUAAAGAGUAUUCAGAGAAGGGAACGAGAAUAUGUCAGCAGGUCGACGUACGUGAGUGUGUGGGUGUUAGGAUGAGAAGAGCCUUUAAGAAGCUUUCCGAGCUUAUGUACAGUGACAGAAAAUAGUUGUUAAUAUGUGUUCUAGUGACUGAAGUGUGUAUGCCUUGAUGGUGAACCAGUGAACGAUGAUUUUCUUUAGAUUUUUGGAAUGAAGACAUGAGAAAACGAAGCUCGUGGAGAAAACAAACACACGAUGAUGGACUGUGACUUUUGUUUGGAGGUGUAUCUGGAGUGUUUGCGCAUGGUCAGCUGCACAUUUUGAAUGUAAUUAUCAGGCUAACUGCUGUUUGUGAAAUUGCUAUGUCUAAUAAAAAAGACAAACUAAA